AUGGCACCACAAUCCUUCGAGGCUACAAUCGCAGGGCUGGACCGAGCGAGUGGUCCUCCCGAGAAGAUUUUACAGCAAGCAGCCCAAAUUCUAGGUCUUGAUCUAGCCGACAACCUCACUACGUCCUCCAAAGAAGUCAGAUUCAAGACCACCGCACGCUCACCGGGUUUCAAAGAGCAAUGGCUGCUUCGUUGGCUUUUGAAAAAUCUCAAUGCUUCAGAUGCAAAAGGCGAAGGAUCGAAGUCGGAAAGAUUCGUCCUGCUCCCACAGUUUUGGUCGCUUCUUCUCAGCUUGACAUGCCGCAUUGCAGACGAAGCCUGUCUAGAAAUCUUGUUGGAGCGCAAAUUCUUCCCUAUUCUCGACGAGUCUGUCCGGUUUUGUUUGUCGAAUUUCGGCGCUCAUGCCGAUGUCCCGCGUCCUAUGGACGGGGAAGACGACUCUAGAGAGCCGCCAACCAAGAGACGGCGACUGAGUCCUCCAGUGUCUGCCCAGCCGGACGAAAAGCCGUCUCAACAAGCGAAUCUCGUUUGGGUGAUGCUGCAGGCCGCCUGUCGAUGCGUGGACCUCUUAGCAUCACCAUCGAUGCUCCAACGAGGCAAGACUGCGCCGAAAUGGACUGCGCCGUGGAACGAUCAAGCCUCAUUGCUGGGUGGACUUCUACAGGCCGUUGCGAUGCUUGCCAGUAAAUUGUCGGAGGGUGAGCAUGAGCAGCAAGGCACGCUAUCACAAGUACUUGAUACAGUAUUGUCUUUCUGGCAAGGCGAUUCUGCUGCCACCCGGGCCCAGAGUGAUGAUCCAAACCGAGCAUUCGUCUUGCACUGUCUGGAACCGACGUUGGUCCUCCUCGAUCUUCUGAAAGGACCUAAUAUCAGUGAAACUUUAUUCAACCCAGCCAAAAAGGCACUGGAGCGGUUGAUAGCCCUUCACCUAGUUUUCCCAUUCCGUGCGAUGUUCAACGAAAGAUAUGCCAAAAAGUGGAGAAAUGUCAAGGACACCCUCUUAUACGAGCAUCUCGAAAACGUGCUCAAAGGUUUCAAAGAGCGCGUGAUGGUCGUCAGCGAUAAAGAUGCUGAAUCUAACAAACCUCAAAAUCUAUCUUGGGUCAUUCUCGACAUUGCUGCACGCUCAAUCCCAGCUUCCGACCUUCGGAAACGACAACAGGAACAACCAUGGCUUGACUCGUUGUUCAUAUGUCUUGUCCAUGUUCUCUGGCCUCGCAUCCCUCAGAUCACCUCUACCGGUGUCGUGCAGAAGGAGAUCUCAACAACCUUAGCCCUCAGGGAUCGUGAGAGCUGGGUGGCACCUAUGGAGAAGUUGAUUGAUGUCGCGCUGGGCGUCAAGCUCAGAAUAUCUUUACCCAUCUCGGGCUAUAUCCUCUCGGCCAUAUUUGCUUCUGAAGAGGAGACUUGUCCUUGGAGCCUCUUGGCCAAGAUUGUCCGACUUGACGUCAACAUCUUAAUCCCCAGUAUUGGGCUGUCGAGUUCCGACCAGCUCCUGAAACAAGUUCUGGAAAGAACUGAGUCCGACACGGUGCCAAAUGAGCUGUACAAGCUUAUUCGAGACGACAUCUUACUUGCCUUGCUACGUGCCUUUGCGCGAGCGAGGAAUUUGGAUGGGUUUAUGACCAUCUGGCAGCAAGGGCUGGGCGACGCAAUACGAGUUCGAUACACUACCAAAUAUGAUCCUGAUACCAUUCCUGCCGUCUUGGUAUGGGACGACGAUGAUAUUUUUGACGAAUUCAAAUCCCUGGCCUUGGUUCACGCACCGCCGAGAAUGGGUCAGCGGCUGCUGGGCGAGCUCGUCGAGCAGUUGAGAUCCAUCUCUCAAGUUGUAGGAUCUACGGCCGAUGUAUUUGCCAAGCUCGCAAUCUUCUCAGCCUUGCUCGAGCAGUUGGACAUGCAAGAAGCAAGCUUUUCUCUCGACAACAACCAAUUGGUCGGUCUAUUGGAAGUGGUGGCAGACAUGCUGCCCAAAAAGUCCGACUACCAAGCUCAACGAUGGCGACUCUGGAGACUUGUUCGUCUGCUCCUCCCGCAUGUUGACAUCGGCCGCGUACCUUACCUUGAGGAGCUGGUGACUUCCAGAUACAGUUUCAUAUCGCUGCAUGACCUGCAAAGUUUAGCACGACCUGACGAAUCUCGCAAAAGGGCCGCAACAUUCCUGGAAUGUCUAGAAUGCUUCUCCCUACUUAUCGAGCUUGCUAUCAGAACCCCGGCAUUACGGAAGAAUCUGGAAGCGGAGCUCAAUCAACUAGCUGAGCUGUUGCUGCAGACGCAGACGCAGACGACGCCCGGCUCUCUGGCCAUCUGGAACGGACGAAGCUACGACUGUACUAGCCGGGAAACUCUUGUUUCUGCCUGCGUUGGCCGUCUCCUGCAGCGACCAGAGAUCUUUUCCACCUGUCCGACUGCACUUAAGAGCCUAAUGGAUACGUCUUUCGAACUGGUUACGAAGUCGGCAGUGUCCGGAAAGGCAGAGGCUGUUGACGCCGGGCCAAAUCUCCAGGCGCUCUUGAAGUCUAUUUUGAAAGAUGAAGAAGUCAUCAACGAUCCAAUCCUACGAGAAACGCUCUUGCUACAUGUUACAGAAAUUCUGAACUCUACCGGGAAUAAGCCCGAUCAAUUACUCUUGCAGAGCCUCCCGAUACAGGCGUUGAAGAAGUCUCAGCUGAGAAAGGUAGCUACUGCAGCCGUGCAGCGUCUGACGGAUGAAUGUCGAGAUACCACGAUUGAGGGUCUGGCUGAAGACAUGAACCUAUUGAUCCGCUGUGACUCUGUUUCGCCCAAAACCGGAAUCGACUACAAGGACUGGCGGCAGUGGAUCGGCAUCUGUGACAAACUAUCGAAGAGCAAAGAGUUCGGCACAUCGUCGUCUUCGUGGCCUGCCGUCAAUAUGAUAAACCACACAUUAUCCCGGGUGUGGGCGCAAGCACUGGCUAGUCAGGACGUUACAGUCCUCUCGGACAUUGUUUCAUGGAUCAAGAAGACUCUUAACGUGGCCAAGGAUGAAGGCGGCGAUGCGCAGAUCAAUUUUCUAGCUCUCGAGAUCAUCCUCGGGCAUGCAUGUCAGGCCGGUACUGCAUUGGACAACUUGAAAGUUAUCAGCAGUCGCAAGUUGGAAAAGUUGCAGAAAUCGUUCUUGUCAGUAUUGAAAUCUCGACUCGACCGGAUCUUGCAUGACCAGGACCAGCAGGUUGGUACUAGUACGACUGCACUCUUCCAACUGAAGCUCGUCGUUUCUGCAGCCCGUCAUGUCGGGAGUUCAGGAAAUGACGAAGAACUUCGCAAAGCCACCGAAAGUGUACGGGCCAUGCUCGGAGACAUACCGGAGACCUCAAAGAAUUCGGAUUCGGGUUCUUCAGAGUGGCAGUGGCGGACAAAAGCUGCCCUCCAAAGCGAAUGCAUGAAGUUCUUACCGCUGUCCGAGGUCCACCCCAAUGGAAAGGAAGAGAUAGAUGUCGCCGCCGCGCUUCAGAAACUCACUUCCUCUCUAUCGACUGAGAACACAAACGCCGAUUUGUUGCAGCUCGUUACCGCCGCAGACAAUUUAGUGGUGCAAGCCGGUCCAGCAGCCUGGAGUGCCAUGAUCGACUCCCUCUACCAACAACACCAGGGAUCAUCCCAGCUCGUGCGUCCCAUCGUCAUCGCUUCAGUCAUUGCACACACAACCACACACGACAUUCUGCAGAAUCCUCAACUCGCAACGACUUUGGCCGACCUUGCAUGCAUGCGGAAUUUGCUCAAUAACCCCAACGGCCCGACUUCUCUAGAAGAAUUAUGUCUCUGUCUAGACAAUGCCAGGACCGUUCUCGAAUCCCACCCAUUGAUCAUCAACCAAGCUACUCUUGACAAUCUACUAGCUAACAUUUGCACCAUCGCCUCGUCCGCCGCUGACGACUAUAUUGUCACCCCGACCACUGGCAACUCGGAAGUCGCAAAAGUCAGUCCACACCCCUCCGACAUCUACAACCGUCUAUGUGCAGUCGUCGGGGCAAUUCUCGCCCGCCACAGACGUCGCAUAUCCGAUCGAUAUCAUUUACUUUUACCGGUCCUACAAACUCUCUUAAGGUGUCUUUUCUGGCCUGGCUUGAAUGCUCUUCAUGACAACCACAACCCCAACACCAACAGCAGUACGGCCGUCAGCGUCAGUGUUUCCGCAUUCGGCACCCGUCACCUACCGAACUGGAUGCGCACCUCACAAGACCCUCUGUCCCCGUCCUCGGCGGAACAUUUUUCCCGUCUCCUCUCGUCAAUUUGUAAUCCGACUGUUUCGGCUGCUCGGUCGGGGUCGUCGAAGAAGCGUGGACAUAGCCACGGCCACAACGACCUCAAUCUCAACCUCAACGACGAGACGAAACGUGCAAGACUGUUAGCAGGCCAGCACAUGCAGUAUCUCGUCAUGGAGUAUGCGCGGUGCACACUGGACGGACUGAUUGUGUCGUCUGUCAAAGAGAAACUCAUGCCCGGAAAGUAUAGUGUCAUGGGCGCCAUGGAGAGGGAUCUGCUGCGUGCGUUGAAUGCGGCUCUCGAUCCGAGUGGUCGUGCGAUUUUCAAGGGGUUGUAUGAUGACUGGACGAGGUAUGGGAAGUGGGAUAAGAGUUAG